AAAACCCGGAAGUGUGUGACACCGCUGGGCUGGGAGUGUCAUUUCACUGCUGCUGUCUUUUAUCAGUGUGUUAUCGUUGUGUAAGUUGUGUCACUGCAUUGUUUCAUAGGACAAACUUGCAUGCGAAGUUGUUUUCAAGAGGGGCUUGUUAACAUUUGGAGUUUGGAUCCACCUGAAUGUUGAGUGUGCGGGCUCUGUUUGGGAUCGGCUUCCUGGUGACCUCAAGAGCUGCGACGGUCCUCGCUCAGCCGGGGACAUGCCCGCUGUCCGCUGCAGCUAACCACCACAAGAAGGACUGUUUCAGUAGCAGAGCAGCAUCCAGCAUGGCCCAGACCAUCAAAUAUCUCGGGCAGGAGGAGGCCCAGCACAUCGACGAGGAGCUCUUCAGUGAGUACGGCUUCAGCGUGGACCAGCUGAUGGAGCUGGCCGGACUCAGCUGCGCCACAGCCGUCACCAGGGCGUAUCCACUCACCUCCCUGGUGAAGGCCAGACCUUCUCUGCUGGUGAUUUGUGGACCAGGUAACAACGGAGGCGAUGGCCUGGUCUGUGCCCGACACCUUAAACUCUUUGGUUACGAGCCCACCAUCCUCUACCCGAAGAGACCAAACAAACCUCUGUUCCAGGGUCUGACCACACAGUGCCAGAAGAUGGAGAUCCCCUUCCUGACUGAGAUGCCUGAGGCUGCAGUGAUCGACGAGGCUUACAACCUGGUGAUAGACGCCAUCUUCGGCUUCAGCUUCAAGGGGGCCGUGCGAGAGCCUUUCGGUUCCAUCCUAGAAGUGCUGAAUAAGACGACAGUCCCCAUCGCCAGCAUCGACAUCCCCUCAGGUUGGGAUGUGGAGCAGGGACGUCCAGACGGACUGCAGCCCGACAUGCUCAUCUCUCUCACUGCUCCCAAGAAGUCUGCCUCCUUGUUCAGAGGACGAUACCACUUCCUGGGAGGCCGCUUUGUGCCACCGGGCCUGGAGAGGAAGUACCAACUCAACCUGCCUCAGUACCCCGGCACAGACUGUGUGUUACAACUGUAGAUCAGAGGUUUCAGUGUCGUCUGUAAAGGAAUAGUUCUCAAUUAUCGUCUCCUUUUCGAUCGAUUCCUUUCUAAUGUCAAAUAAUUACGGAGCUGGAGUCUGGACUUGAUUAGCCUAGCUUAGUAUUAAGACUCACUCAAAGCUCACAAAUUAAUGCACACGUUGUUUGCAUCAUUCAUACAUAAACAGAAAGUAUAAACGAUUGAAUGAGUUAUUUCUUGGCAAAUACUAUUUUUCCAGGACUUUUAUCAUCCCACUAUGUUUCCCAAAUGCCAAAUACCACCAUGGCUGUAAGAACAGUUCACCCCAAAAUCGAAUAUACAUCCUUUUCCCUUUUGCCUGUACGCCUGUUUAUCAAUCUAAUUGUUUUUGGUGUGACUCGUUAAGUUUCGGAGAGAAGACGUGUGUUCAUUGACUGUAUACAGUGAUGAAUUAACAAUUGUGGUGCAUUAAAGGCGCUGGUAGGUGUUUUAUUUUUUAAAACUAAAUUGUUAAGUUGUGCUAACUAUGUCUUGAAUCCAGCUCCGUACUUGACAUGAGAGUGGUAUCCAGCCUUUGCACAGAAAUCAGAUUAUUUGCCUAAAAGUUAAACUAUUCCUUUAAAUCUGGGAAUUUCAUUGGUUCCCAUUCUGUGGAUGACGGUGGUUGUGAUCUGAAUACUGUGCUUUUAAUCCAAUAAAGUGUUGUAAUGGACAUCAUGGCUGCUUCAGCUUCAUGAAAACAUUCAAAUUAAAAUGUAAAUAAAUUAAAUUGA